AUGAAGGAUCAUUUUGUAAAUCCCACAGAAAAGGACCUCUCCGAUGCUGAAUCUGCAAGUACAGAGUAUGACAACCCUUCUUUCCAACAUGAUGAAGAUCUUGAACAUAGUGACCAGUUAAAGACCAAGAAAAAAAAGAAGGAAAAUAAGCCAGAGAAAAAGGUGGUUGGCGUUUUUGAACUGUUUCGCUAUGCUGAUUGGUUGGAUAUACUUUUGAUGGUAGUUGGCUUGAUCGCAGCUGCUGCAAAUGGUACUGGAUUACCACUUAUGAUCAUUGUCUUUGGAGAUAUGACAAACAGCUUUGUGCUAAGUGGUGUGAAUUCAAAUGCGUCAAAAGAUACUUCAGUAAAUAGCUCCAUCUGUCCAUCAAUUCCAGGUAUAGAUAUAGAAGCUGAAAUGACAAAGUUUGCUUACUACUAUGUGGGAAUUGGCUUUGCUGUGUUGAUCCUGAGCAUGAUCCAAGUAUGGACAUUUUUGGUUGCUGCUACGAGGCAGUCAGCAAGGAUCCGUCAGAAGUUCUUUUUUGCAGUGCUCCAUCAGGAGAUGGCUUGGUUUGAUAGUACCCAGAUAGGAACACUGAACACCAGACUGACGGAUGACAUCAACACCAUCCAUGAAGGCAUCGGAGACAAGAUCUGUAUAUUCGUACAGUUUUUUGCCACAUUUCUGGCAGGGAUUGUUAUAGGAUUCAUCCACGGGUGGAAGCUGACACUGGUGAUUUUGUCAGUCAGCCCUCUUCUAGCUGCAUCAGCAGCAGUUUGGUCAACUCUUCUGGCAUCCCUUACUGCUAAAGAGCUGUCUGCUUAUGCCAAAGCAGGAGCUGUGGCAGAAGAAAUUUUGACUGCGAUCAGGACAGUUGUGGCUUUCAAUGGACAGCAGAAGGCAUUAGCAAAAUAUGAUGCUAACCUAGAGCUGGCUAGAAGCGCUGGAGUGAAAAAGUCCAUUACCACCAAUGUAUCUCUAGGUGUUUCACAGUUUCUUAUAUUUGGAUCCUAUGCUCUUGCAUUUUGGUAUGGAACCAAGCUCACUGCUGAGGAGAAAGAAAAUUAUGACAUUGGCCACGUGUUAAUUGUGUUCUUCUGUGUGCUUGUUGGAGCCUUCUCCUUGGGACAGGCAGCUCCCAACUUGGAGAGUGUGUCUAAUGCGCGUGGGGCUGCCUAUGAAGUAUAUCGAAUUAUCAAUAAGAAACGGCUUAUAGACAGCAGUUCUAAGGAAGGCUACAAACCUGACAAGAUCAUAGGAGAAAUCGAAUUCAGAAACAUCCAUUUCAGUUACCCAUCCAGACCUGAUGUUAAAAUUCUCAAAGGUCUAAACUUGAAAGUUCAAACUGGGAAGACCAUUGCUUUAGUUGGUGCUAGUGGCUGUGGAAAAAGCACUAGUGUUCAGUUGCUGCAGAGAUUCUAUGAUCCUGACCAAGGAGAAGUUAUCUUAGAUGGUCAGGAUAUUCGGACACUUAAUGUAAAGUGGCUAAGAGAAAAUAUUGGUAUUGUGAGCCAGGAGCCUGUUUUGUUUGCAACAACGAUAGCUGAGAACAUUCGCUAUGGCAGAGAAGAUAUUUCUGAUGCUGAAAUUGAGCAAGCAGCCAAGGAAGCCAAUGCUUUUGACUUCAUAUCUAGACUGCCUGAUAAAUUUAACACCAUGGUAGGGGAGAGAGGGGCUCAGCUGAGUGGGGGACAGAAACAACGAAUAGCUAUUGCUCGUGCCCUGGCAAGAAAUCCUAAGAUUCUUCUUCUGGAUGAAGCUACAUCUGCACUGGAUACUCAGAGUGAAUCCAUAGUGCAAGCAGCUCUUGAUAAGGCUCGGACUGGACGUACCACUAUUGUGAUUGCUCACAGACUGUCUACCAUCAGGACUGCUGACACUAUUGCUGCAUUUGAGAAAGGAAUUGUGGUUGAGCAAGGAACACACAGCGAACUCAUGUUGCAGAAGGGAGUCUACUAUUCUCUUGUAAUGCAGCAAGGCUGUAGCAAUAAUGCUCAAGACGAUGGUGCAUCAGAAGAAGAUGAAAAGACAGAAGAUGAGGAAUAUGAGGAAAAUGACAGAAGUGGUUUUGUGGAGGAACUGACCCUUCAAGAUCGUUCUGAAGAAUUGGUGGUCUCUGGGAGAAGCAGCAUUCGUAGAAGAUCUAGCAGAUACAAGAGCAAGAGGUGCUCUUCUAAGAAAAAGUCAUCUGAAAAAAAGAAAAAAAAGGAGGUAGAGGAAGAAAAUCUCCCUGCUGUGCCUUACUCAAAAAUCCUGGCUCUGAACAAACCUGAGUGGCUGUAUGUACUGCUGGGAGUGAUUGCUGCUGCCAUCUCAGGUGGGGUCCAUCCUGCAUUUGCUGUUAUAUUUGGAAAAAUCAUUGGGGCUUUUCAAGAAACAGAUGCAGAAAAGAGGAGUAAAAACACUUUGGUUCUUUCUCUAAUGUUUCUUUUACUUGGAGUGAUUACUUUAGCUGCGUACAUAAUCCAAGGAUUCAUGUUUGGGAAGUCUGGGGAAAUACUAACAAUGAGACUACGCUCUUUGUCCUUCAGAGCAUUACUUCAGCAGGAGAUUGGAUGGUACGAUGAUCAGAAAAAUGCUGUUGGCGUUCUGUUAACUCGACUUGCUACAGAUGCUUCCCAAGUCAAAGGGGCAACUGGAAGCCGACUUGGACUGAUGACUAUGACGGUCUUUACCCUUCUGACUGCCAUCAUUAUUGCUUUUGUGUACGGCUGGCAGUUGACUUUGCUUAUCCUGGCCUGCAUUCCUUUCGUUAUUGCUACAAAUGCUGCAAGUGUUAGCUCUGUGUCUGGUCAUGCAGCAAAAGAUCAAAAAGCUUUGGAAGAGGCUGGAAGAAUUUCAACAGAAUCAGUUGAAAAUAUAAGAACUGUAGCUUCACUGACAAGGGAAGAAGCAUUUUAUGAAAAAUAUGUAACAAGUUUGAAUGGUCCAUAUAGAGAUUCUCUAACAAAAGCCCCUUUCUAUGGAUUUACCUAUGGAGUAGCGCAGUCUGCAAACUACUUUGUUAACGCAGCAGUCUUCAGAUUUGGGGCAUGGCUCAUUGCCCAUUGUUUGAGCAACUUUGAAAAUGUGUUUAUAGUCUUCUCUUCUGUCAUAUUUGCAGCUAUGAAUGUUGGUCAGUCUGCUUCCCUGGCACCAGAUUAUGGUAAAGCUAGAAUUUCUGCUCAAAGAAUCUUUCAUCUUUUGGACAGAAAACCUCAAAUUGACAGUUACAGUGAAGAAGGUGAAAAAUUGAGUAAUUUUGAAGGCAACAUUGAAUUCAGAAACAUCACUUUUGUAUAUCCAACAAGGCCAGAAGUUCAAGUUUUGCAAGGACUCACCGUGAAGGUUAACAAAGGACAGACUCUGGCAUUAGUAGGAAGCAGUGGCUGUGGCAAAAGCACAUCCAUUCAGCUCUUGGAGAGAUUUUAUGACCCUGCAGAAGGACAAGUGUUAGCAGAUGGAUUUGAUACUAAAUCUUUGCAUUUACAAUGGCUGAGGUCCAAGCUGGGUCUGGUGUCACAGGAGCCUAUUUUGUUUGACUGCAGCAUUGCGGAAAAUAUUCAAUAUGGAGACAACAGUAGGGUUGUUAGUCAGCAGGAAACUGAAGCAGCAGCUAAAGCAGCAAAUAUUCAUGCCUUCAUUGAAAAAUUGCCAGAGAAAUAUAAUACCCGGGUGGGUGAGAAAGGAACACAACUUUCUGGAGGUCAAAAACAAAGAAUAGCAAUUGCCCGUGCUCUGGUUCGUAAUCCUGCCAUUCUACUUCUGGACGAAGCUACUUCUGCACUUGACACAGAAAGUGAAAAGAUUGUUCAGAAAGCUCUGGAUAAUGCCCGGCAAGGUCGAACCUGCAUCAUAAUUGCUCAUCGCCUGACGACCAUACAGAAUGCAGACAUCAUUGCAGUGAUCCAGAACGGCAGGGUGGUGGAGCAGGGCACCCACAGCCAGUUACUGGCAAAGGAAGGACACUACUAUGCCCUUGUAAAUGCACAAGUCUCUAAUUAGUGCUGUUCGGACUUUUUUCACAUUGUCCUGGAGAAAAAAAAAAAGCUUACAGAGAAGUAAUGCUGGCUGUAUCUGCCAUGAUAGAACAAGGACUGGUUGCUCUACCUGUUGUAAUCUUUGGCCCAUGUACCUGGGGAAAUGAGCAGUGCAUGCCCAGGAGUGGUAGGUGCAUGGGGGCAUCCCAAGGUCUGAAUCUGCUGGGCAUUUGUAGGAAUCGUUUGAUCAGGAGAGAGCCAUAUCUGGACUGGUCAUAUCUGGACUGGUCUCAUCCAUUCUACUGGUUCUGGUGGGGUACCCAGGUCUUUCUGGCCCUUCAAAUCCUGACCCAUAAAGUUGGCACAGACUCUUGCACAUUGGUACAAGAGUGUGACAGCGACUAA